AUGGCAUCUACUUCAUCAGAGACCGAGGUAUACAUUACCCCGCCAACAAGCCUGUCACAAACAACGACAUGCCAAUUUCCUGGCCGUAUUGUAGUGCAACCCAGCUUCCUCGAUCUCGAAUUUGAUGAAAGUAGCUUUUCACUUCCAAAUAAGGCCAGGGGCAUAUGUUGCUCAGUUAAAAAUGUCUGGUAUUCCAAGCAUCAUUGGCCCGAGCAGUCUCAGUACAAACAUCUCUUCGAACAAGCCUCGGAGACAUGGGAAAAGCUUGCACCGGAGUUUAAUAGAAUAUGGAAUACGGUAUGGAGGAAGUCGCUUGCCACAACCCUGCGGACCGUUGAGCUACGUCUUGCUGGUGUCCAUCAGCCCGGCGACAAACGGGUUAUUAUCAGGCCAAGCGUUUGGAUCAGGAGCACGGAUGAGGCUAUUCGCAGCGCCACUGUUUGGAAGAAAUUACAAAAGCAGGUUCGCAAACUAGGUCUCGACUCGGCACAAUAUGCGUCCAUAUUCGCUGAAGGUGGUUUAAGAUCAGCAAAUGGUCCCGCAUCUGUCUCACGGGAACAGCUGGAUUUACGAAAAGGAAUCAAGUUUGCAUAUAACUUGACGUUACAUACCCAUGUGGCCUGGUGGGCCGUCAGCGGACCUUAUGAGUGCGGUGAGAUCUGCUUGGCUACAAUUGUUAAGUAUGGGAAAAUAGUUUAUCAGGAAGUAUCACGCAUCGGUGGCGUGUUGGGCAUCAAUGUCUCACACGAGGCAGGGGUUACCUCAGGGCACACCAUGCUUCUUUACUUCUUGCAGAAUAUGGAUCAGACAGCCGCAACGACUAUAACAGAUUUGAAAGGCACUGGCAGUAGCAGCCAGACGUCCAGCUCCGACUCCUGUUCAGAGGACGAUAAUGAGGAAAGCAGUAGUGACGAGUGCGAGCUCGUGGAGAACGAUACCGACAGCACAGACCCUGGAACUGAUCUCGGUUAUGUUGAUCUCGAGAAAGUCGGUACUUGGGUCCCAGUGAACCUAUUAGGCAUGAUCAACUUCAUCAAACAGGUCGACGUCGACGUUUCGAUCAAACCCUCAUAUUUGAAGCUUAUGAGCCCCUCAGAUGGCUUCAUACCUGCCGACUUUGCCCUUGUGUCUCGAGUGGAGUUCGAUUUGUUUCUGGGCCAGAACGAUAAUAUCUACAAUUUCAACGGACGAAACAUUGUAUCCAGCAUCUGCUCUGACUCUUCUUUAGCAGCGAAUGAGCAAGAAAUACUCGUAUUAUUGGGUAAUGGCAUGGAAGCCUCAGCAGGUUUCCUCCAACCAGCAAAGAUACCCUUCUCCAUUGGGAGCACAACUGUUUCGGCACGAAAGAUUCGCUUGACUGCACCUUUGUCAGUAGUACAAGGGGGGAGAGUAGGAAAUGACAUUAAGCUAAUUAUCAGUCCAACUGACUAG